CGACGCACUUGGAAGAACAGCUGGCGCUUCAAACUGGAGCUGGGACACAGAUACACAAGAUAGUCCUGGAUUCGCAAUGAUGCUUGCAAGCACCCGCUUGAGUUUCGCAACGGCCACACUGGGCUUCAAUGAGAAUCGCGCCAAUGAAAACAUAUACGGCAUGGGGGAAGCUAAUCGUGCAAUUUGGUCCAUCACGCUCUUACACAAUUGGGCUGAAUUGACGACGGCGAUACUUAUGAUAUUGCAGGGCCUGAUAGCGUGGUUUAGCAUCAUCAAGAUUGGCGAGUGGAAAUUUGACAUGGACAGUUUCGAAAUGAUGGAGGUAGAUGGAAUUAAGGUUGCAACGGGCGCAGGGGAAGUUGUUCAUAAACGGAGGUGGCUUAUAGGAUAUAUGCGGAGUGUUGCAGUAUCGCAGAUUUGAAAUGCAUCCAUGCUUAUAGCUUUGACUUGUUCUUGAUGCUGCACGGAGUAAGGGGUCUGCAAACGGUAGACUGAAUGUCACUUAUAUAAUUAUAAUUAAAUCUAC